UUGUACAGUAAUAAAAAUGUUCAAAUUGGUCGAUAAUAUCUUUGGUUUUACAUAUAGUCAUGAAGUCUAUAUGAUAGUGGCACACCUUUGGUUUCAGAGAUAUGACGAAAGGUCAUGGAUGAUUUUUCGGUCUAUGUAACAAGAUCCUAAAUUACACGUUUGCGUAGUCUUAUUAAUCAGACUUAAAUUUUAUAUUUGCACCCGGAUAUGAUAAAUGAUUGUCAUUGUUCUGUGUUCAAGUUCACAACUCUAAAUGACAGGGAACUCAUUCCUAAAAUGGAGCUUAAUUGUGUUACUGAUAUAUUCAACUCUCCGUAAUGACUGGUUUGACAUGGAGGGUACUUUUGCAAUCUGUGUAAGUUAAAAAACGGGUCAACUGCCUGUAAAAAAAUGUGGGGUAGUGUAGAAAGAAAUCUGAAAUCAAUCCAACAAGUUACAUUGUAUUCCCAGUACAUGGUUUCAUCUAUGAAGAUGAGUUUCUUUUAAGCUUGGGGGUGGGUGUUUGUUCGACCCCGAGCACUUCUCUGCCAACAACUAAUCGAUUCGCAGAAAUUUGGCUCCAGAUUACUGGGUACAAGAAUCAUGGAUAGCUGCACCAAAACGAUUUCUUGUUUUGUGAGAUGUGGAAGCAAAGAAGCAUGCUUUCUUUUAAUUCCAGAAAGUAUGUUCAUUGCCAAUUUUGCAAAUUCAAAAAGAAGGCCCAAGCAAAUUAGAAGAGAUUUGGGGUUGUCCUCAAUCGAGCUUUAUGGAGAAAGAACGAGAUCAACGGAUCAUAAUGUAACAUGUCCAAAGUAUUCAAACAAGGGGGUAUACUAUCACACACAACAGGCCAGAUCUGUUGAUGAUGGUCAGACCAUGUUUUAUAAAUGUCCCAACUAUGGCCACAACUUCAGACAACACAUGAUGGAUCAAUGUACUGCCCAGCUUCUGCAAUUUUCUUUAUGUUGAUCAAAAAAGAUAUAUCUAUUUUUGGCAUCACUAGACUAAACCAGUUGUGAAGAACUCGCCAACGUUGCUUUUGUUGAUUGAAACAUUAUACUUGGGUUUAGGCUUGAUGGAUAACACUGUAA